AUGGCUAACAAUUCAAAUCCAUCGCCGAUAAAGCCAUACCAACAAAUUAUUGCUUCCGGUUCCGGUGCUGUGUUAACAGCUCUUUUUAUGACGCCAUUUGAUGUCAUAAAAGUACGAUUACAAUCACAAACAUCAAAUGCUGUUCGACAGAGUUCAAUUAAAAGUCCUCAGUUACCGACAAAAUCAGUUUCAUCCACAGUUCUAUCAUCAGCUACAUGUCGACAUUUCAUGACACAUCAACAAGCACACUACUAUACCGGUACAAUAGAUACAUUAUCUAAAAUAGUUCGAGCUGAAGGGUUUCGUGUACUUUGGUCUGGUCUUACACCAGCUCUAUGUGUAUCUAUACCAACAGUUGUUAUUUAUUUUACAUCAUAUAUGAAAGCUAAACAAUUACUUGGUUAUAAUGAGAAAAGUCCAAAUCCAAUAUUACCUGUUAUAGCUGGUGCAUGUUCACGUAUUUUUGCUGUAACAACUGUUUCACCAUUUGAAUUAUUUCGAACGAAAAUGCAAUCAGAAAAAGUUCCCUAUAGAAAGUUAUUUCAGAUAGUUCGUACUUCAUUGUCCGAAGAAGGACCACGUGUACUAUGGAGAGGUUUAUUACCUACUCUAUGGCGUGAUAUACCAUUUUCAAUGAUAUAUUGGUUUAAUUAUGAAUCACUCAGAGCUUAUCUUGUUCGUUCCAAUAUACCUGUUGAUAGUUAUGCAACAUUUGCAUGUGGUGCAUUAGCCGGUGGUAUUGCUGCAACAUUAACAACACCUGCCGAUGUUGCUAAAACAUACCGACAAAUUGACUUAGGACGAAGUAAAUAUUCAGCAAACAAUGGAUGUAUUAAUUGUUCAUCAACAUUAGCUAAUCAACCAAUUCAAUCAACAAGAACUCUUACGAUUUUAUUACAUAUACUUCGAGUCGAAGGUCCGAAAGGAUUAUUUGCAGGACUUGUACCACGAUUACUUAAGGUAGCUCCAGCUUGUGCAAUUAUGAUUACAAGUUUUGAAUCCUUGAAAACAUUUUUCCAACGUAUGAAUACUUCCGGUUAA